AUGGCAAUGGUGCCCUGGCACUACUCAUGGCCAUGGUCAUGGCCGUGGCACUGCUUGGACUGCCUCGGCGGCGACCGCCUGAGCGCCCUCCCGGACAGGGCGCUGGUGCGUGUCCUCUCGCACCUCCCUUCCGUCGAGGCGGCGCGCACCUCAGCGCUGUCCCGACGGUGGCGCGGCGUCUUCGCGGGCGUGCCCGUCGUCGACCUCGUCGACGAGAAGAUCAAGCACCGGCGGGGGGCCUACAGGCUCACGUGCUUCGACGUGAAGGUGACGAAAGCGAUCCUCUCCAGGGGCCAGGGGAUUCCGAUCCGUGCCUUCCGUCUCCUCGCGCUAGACCCGCCGCGCAUCCUCGUCGACCAGUGGAUUGUCACCGUCGCCAGCUUGGGCGUCGAGGAGAUCGACGUCACGCUGCGGUACUCGCACAUCUACCGCAGCAAGCUCUGCCCCUUCAGCGGCACCAAAGCCUCGGCCGAUUUCGACUACUACCACAUGGGCAGCUACACCGGGACGCCAUCGCUGCUCUUCCAUUGCCGCACGCUGCGCCGGCUGCGCCUCACAAACUGGACGCUCGAGCUGCCCUCGGGCUUUGGCGUCGGCGUUGGCGUCUUCGCGGCGUGCCUACAGACGCUCUGCCUCAAGCGGAUCAUGGCCAGUAACGAGGUGAUCGUGCAGCUGCUCUACGGUUGCCCGCUCCUCGCCGACCUAAUGCUGGAGGAAUGCCCGGGCGCCACGGAGAUCACCGUGCCCAGCGACCGCCUUCGGAGCUUCGCCAUGGUCUGCUGUCACAACGCCCGGCGCGUCGUGCUGUACACACCAUGCCUGCGAUCGCUGCGCUACAAGGGCGGACUCCCUCCGGACACCUCGUUCCUCCUCCUUGCCGGCUACGAGGACGUCGCGGCGGUGACAAUGGACAUCUGCGAGGACCUGACCAGCAGAUCACCAACGGAAGUCUCUCCGGUCAUGCGUCUGAUCAGCUGGUGCAGGAACCAGGAACCUGACGUAUCUCCACCUCGCCCUGCGCCCGUGGCAUACUACUGCAGCGAGUUCAUGGCCGUGGCCGGAUGCCUGCCCGAACUGAGGCACCUGGUCCUCAAGGGGUUCAUGGCGUCUGACCACGCCGUUCGGUCUGUCGCCGUCCUGCUUGUCGGCGCCUGGAACCUGGAAGUGCUCUCGCUUCUUCCUAUCGGUCCUGAGCCCUCGAAGAAGUCGACUUGCUACUCCUAUGAUUCCGAUUCGGAUGACGAGCCGGUGAACUGCAUCGUCGACGAGGAGGCCGUGGACGAUGAGUGGAUGACCGAGAACCUGUGGCGGAUGUACAUCCCUUGCAUGGAUUAUAGCCUGAGACGGAUCAGCAUUGAGAAGUUCAGCGGGAAUGCAUUCGACAGGAUACUUGCAGAGUUUCUGCUGAACAAAGCUGCGGCGUUGGAGGAAUUCUCGGUGAAAAUUAUUGGCUCCACUGUCACGACACAGGGAGGAGAUUGCAAUGGAGUUCAGAUCCUGGCUAUGCAAUCCCUAUGCUGUAGUAACUUGUACGUAGACAGCAGCUCCUCGGUGACAUCCUCCAACAAUUUAUGUGGUCAACUCCUUCAUCUCCAUGGAAGCAUCGAUUUUUUUUUGUCUUUGUUCAUCUGGACGAGAACCAAGUUACUGAACGUCUAAGAAAAAUCA